AUGAGAAUCUGUUCAAUCCAAAAGUUCGUUUGGUUGUGCUGCAUGUUUCUACUCCCGUGCGCUACUAUCUUUUCUUUCAUAAUGUCGUCGGCACAGUUUUGGAAUGAUCGGUACGAGAAUGCGGAAGUGUUCGCCUACGGUACCGAACCCAAUGAUUUUUUGAAGGCAUCGAUUGACAGCAAAACAAUCAAUCUUCCGCAAGGCGCUUCGUGUCUCUGCUUGGCCGAAGGUGAGGGGCGCAACGCCGUCUUUCUGGCUAAACAAGGGUUUAAUGUUGUCGCCGUAGACAACGCCGAGGCUGGUGCUCGUAAGACGGAACACUUGGCGCAGCGCAAUCGGGUCAAAGUGCAGACCAUUGUAGCGGAUUUGGCCGAUCUUGAGUACGGUAAAUCACGGUAUGAUUUCAUUGUUGGAAUCUUUUGUCACGUCCCACCUCCGAUUCGCCAGCGUAUGUUGGAUGAAAUCCCAAAAGCGUUGAAACCGAAGGGAUACGCACUCUUUGAGUGCUACACGCCUGAUCAACUCAAGUACAAUACAGGUGGCCCACCGUCCCCGGAACCCAUGUUUUCUGCCAAAUUGCUGGAAGAGAGCAUGGGAAUGCAGCUGGAAAUUCGAAGAAACGAAGAGUUGGUGCGAGAUGUUGUGGAAGGAGAAUAUCACACCGGGGAAGGGGCUGUCGUCCAGUUUAUCGGACAAAAGAGACCGUAGACUUCUCGAGAUAGCCAGCGAAUCAUCAAGACGGAUUAGAAGGAACGAUGGUCACCGCAAUUGAGGUUACAAAAUGUUAAUUUUUUACCUGGAAGAUCGUUGUUUAUGGCGCUUUAGUGGGACGACUAUUCUU